GCAAGAACCCAGCAGCUGUUGCGUAGGGAACUCUUAUUCGUCCGCAUAAUUUAGAAUGCGAUUUCAAUGAAAAAUGCAUUUCUAUGGAAACUAUCAUCUGAUCAGAUUCAGCAUCCGAAUUGGCCAAUAAAUCUGAACCCAAGGCUAAACGAUCCUGAAUCCAGGAAGAUACGCGAUGGCCAGUUUGCUGAAGCCAACGCAUACAUAUUGGCAUCCCCAUCCCGUACUCCGUCAAUCACAAAGAUUUCGCACCUUCAAGCGCCCCAUACCUCUAAUUGGACGUCAAUCACGCUAUCAAUUCAUUCGAAGCAGCCGAAUCAAGUGCAGUUUUGAAGACUCUGGCGACGAACAACCACCUCGUUCUACUUCCACCGCUUUGCAACUCUACUCCGAUAUCGAGAGAUUACUAACUGAGACAGUUAGACAAUCGCAAGAUGCCUGGGGUGGUUUAAGAGACUGGACAGAAGUUGAGGGAGCAUGGGUUCUUAAACCACGAAACUCAACCCCAAAAUAUGUUGUACAUUUUGUUGGUGGAAUUUUUGUUGGAGCUGCACCUCAGCUUACAUAUCGCUUGUUUUUGGAGCGCCUUUCAGAGAAGGGUAUUUUCAUCAUUGCAACACCCUAUGCCAGUGGAUUUGACUAUUUCUCAAUUGCGGAUGAAGUGCAGUUUAAAUUUGAUAGGUGCCAUCGGGCAUUUCUCGAAUCAGUACGAGAUCUUCCCAUUUUUGGUAUUGGCCAUUCUCUGGGAUCUGUCAUCCACCUUUUGAUUGGAUCAAGAUAUGCUGUUGAAAGAAGUGGAAAUGUACUAAUGGCAUUCAAUAACAAGGAGGCAAGCUCCGCAGUUCCUUUAUUCUCCCCGGUGUUUGUUCCAAUGGCUCAGAGCAUGGGGCCUCUCUUAUCACAAAUUGCAUCAUCACCGACGUUUCGUCUAGAGGCAGAGAUGACUAUGAAACAAUUACAAAAUCUUAGCCCUCCAAUAAUGAAGCAAGCUCUUCCUUUAGUUGAGCAGCUGCCUCCCCUGUACAUGGACCUUGUGAGGGGAAGAGAAGAUUUUACACCAAAGCCGGAGGAAACUCGACGACUUGUAAAGUCAUACUACGGCAUCUCCCGAAAUCUCCUCAUAAAAUUCAAGGAUGAUAUGAUAGAUGAAACUCUGAUGCUAGCUCAGUUACUUAGCUCAGAAGCUGCAAUUAGUUCGAUGCUGGACAUGUCAACCCGAUCGUUGCCUGGCAAUCAUGGGCUACCCUUGCAGCAGGCCCUUCCGGACAUACCACCAGCAAUGGCGGACGCAGUGAACAGAGGUAGCGAGCUCUUUACCAAUCUAGCUGUCGGAACGCCAUGGGAGACUGUUGCAAAAGAAGUGGGAAACACAUUAGGCGUAGACUCAAAAGUCCUCCGGGCUGAAGCAUCCAAGGAUCUAGACCUGCUUGUGGAAGUGGUAACAUCUUGGAUGUCCUCAAACAUGGGUCCGAAUCUCUUGAGGCCGUAAAUGAUGUCAUAGGCGUACACAAGGCACAGUUUGCCACCAUCCCAUAUAAUUCAGUUGAUGUGUAUAAUAUACAGAUACUGCGAUGAUUAUUCCGAAUUGGUCACCCCCUUCAGUUAUGGUUCUUAUCCGAAUGCAAGAUUGUCCCGACUGGCCGCCAUACACGCGCAACAGCAUCAUCAUGUCAUGGCAUCUGUGUGGACUCAUUUUGCUUCUUUGCAUAUUCUUCUGUUUCAAGUAGACUUGCAAUUGCUGUAAUUAUAAAUUCUUCCAAUGCUUUCUUGGGGUCUCUAUAUAUAUUGAAAUAUUAUUCACAGGAAGGGUGGGUGAAUAUCAAUAAUAGAAAAAACGUCACAGACUUCAUAUUUGUAAAUUUACUGAUUUCCC